AUGAAGAAAGUAGAGUUCGUUUUUAUCCCUCUUCCACUCAUAGGCCACCUGGUACCAACUGUGGAGUUGGCAAAGCUUCUUGUUGAUAGAGAUGACCACUUCUCAAUCACUCUGCUCAUCAUGAAGCUGCCUAUUGGCAAUUCUGUGGUAACCAACUUUCUUCAUUCAGUUUCUGCUUCCGUUUCUGGUUCUAUUCGAUUUGUCCAUCUUCCUGAGCCCGGCUCGGAUUCAUCCAACUCCCAUCCAUCAUCGUCAUCGCGGGGUCCCUUCGUCCAUAAUCUCAUUGAAAACCAGAAGCCUUUCGUGAGGGAUGCAGUCCACCAGCUCGUUCAGUCUGGUGAGUCGGGUCGACUCGGUGGGAUUGUGGUUGAUCUGACUUGCACUUCCAUGAUAGAUGUGGCUAAUGAAUUGGGCGUUCCUUCGUAUGUAUUCUUCACCUGCAGUGCGGCCCUUCUUGCUCUCAUAUUUCAUCUUCAAACCCUGAAGGACCAUCAGGGCGUGGAUGUCACUGAGUUUGGUGACUCGGAUAUUGAGUUGGUGGUCCCAGGUUUUGUCAACUCGGUUCCUGCUCGAGUCUUGCCUGCUGCCGCGGUGGACAAGGAGGGCAGCGGAUCCACCGUGUUCCUUGACCGGCCAAGGAGGUUUAGAGAAACCAAAGGUAUUUUGGUAAACACGUUCAUAGAGUUAGAAUCCCAUGCAAUAAACUCGUUUGGGAAUGGUACAACUCCUCCAGUGUACCCGGUGGGACCCCUCUUGAACUUAAAGCAUGACCAAAAUCGUGAGUUGGAUGUCAUCCACUGGCUUGAUGAUCAACCUCCAUCUUCUGUGGUGUUUUUAUGCUUUGGUAGCCUUGGAGCAUUUAACAAAGGUCAAAUAAUGGAGAUAGCAAAUGGGCUUGAAAAUAGUGGAUUUCGUUUUGUAUGGACCCUUCGUGGACCUCCACCAAAAGAUGAUAUUGCGUCUACUGAUUAUACAGAUUUUGAUGAAGUUCUGCCUAAAGGAUUCUUAAAUCGAACGUUUGGGGUUGGAAAGAUAAUUGGAUGGGCACCACAAACGGAUAUCUUAUCCCACCAUGCCAUAGGAGGGUUUAUAUCUCAUUGUGGAUGGCAUUCUAUAUUAGAGAGCAUAUGGUAUGGUGUACCAAUAGCUACCUGGCCAAUGGAUGCAGAACAACAGCUUAAUGCAUUUCAAAUGGUUAGAGAAUUGGGAAUAGCAAUAGAAAUCAAAUUGGAUAACAAAAAAAUUGUUAGUGAUCUUGUAAAUACUCAAGAAGUGGAGAGUAAAAUAAAAAGUUUGAUGGAUAGUAGUAGUGACGUCAAAAGAAAGGGGAAAGAGAUGAGAGAAAAGUGUGUGCAGGCCCUUGUGAAGGGUGGAUCUUCACACAAUUACUUGGAAUGUCUAAUAGAAGACAUGAUUAGUAACAUGUAA